CAACACCCAAUCGAUAUUCGACAAAGACAACACGCGGAUGGUGACGGCAGCUACUGAAGGAUUGUGUACAAAUAACUAUCAAAACUUCACCCUUCACUGGUGUGAUGGAUUUAUCAGAGUGACUCUAGACGGAGUGAAAACCUUCAUAUCCUGGGACGAUCCGGCGCCCUUCCCCGUCAGGACCCUCGGUUUCAGAAUGCCUUAUACUGACGUCCACGCCCACAUUUUCUUCCCCCACAACCUCGUCGACCCUUACUUUCCCACCAGCGUCGAAACUGGCGUCAUUAGAACGAACGGACAUCACUGGACCGAGUACAAAAUAAUGCCCGACGCCUCACUAGUCACCAGCGUCAACUUUACCUUCGAGUGCAUGGCUGUGAAGGACUGCAAGGUGAUCUUUGCGCGCAGGAAUGACCACAGUCAGAAGUACCUUGUGUACAUCGGAGCUUACUCCAACACUCGCUCGAUAAUUGACGACAGUGCGCGCAAUGUGGUUGACAUACAAACUCCCGAUAUUGUGAGUGGUGUCGAAUUCCGAAAAUUCUGGAUACACCUAGACGGCAACACCAUCAACGUCGGAGCUGGAAACGACAACUCUCCUGCCAUCAUGUCGUACACGGACCCUAGCACGACCACCAGGACCUUCAGCCACAUAAGCAUAUCCACUUGCUGCAAUGACUAUGGUUACUGGAAGAUCCACUCGCACCCUCAGUUCCACGAAUACCCCAACGGAGCCUAUGUACUUCCGUGAAGUGGAUUUCGCUUGUCUCUAUCCACGCGAAGAGGAAAAAGUGCAGAGGAGAUAGAAUCGAAAGAUCAUUUAGGUUACCAUUAUGUGAUUUUUUUUUUGUUUUUUUGCUUAUUCUAAACUUUAAGAUGUAUAUGCCAUUGAUCUCAUGGAUUUCCCCUUUUAAAGGUUUCUGAAGAUCCUGGCAAUUUGAUAGGGGAAAAAUCAAAUUAAAUCAGAGGAAGUGAUUAAAUAUCUGUUGUAUUAUUAAAGUAGACGGUCAUAGUGUGUCUGAAUCUCAGGAAAGAAACAACUGGCAACUCACUCUAAACUGUGGAAGACUCCGAUUCGCCAAAUCUCCCUCUUUUUUAUCAAAUCUAUAUAAACUAACACUUAUUUUUUAUAUUUACGUAUGGUUUAU